UACCAAUCCGCUGAAUUAAAGUUAGCACAAUCAAAAAAUAUGCGUUUAGCAAUAGUAAUAUUAAUAUUUUUCACCCUCCAUGAUUAUGGUUGGGGUGUUGACCGAGAAACAUUCAAAACUUGUGAACAAAGUAGUUUCUGCAGACGAACUCGAAAAGAUGUUCCAGGAAGUUCAAAAUUUGCCAUCGUACCGGAUACACUAAAGUCGUUUGAUGACUUUGUAGAACUUGAUUUAGUCAACAAGGCCAAUGAUCACCUAUUUGUUCUGAGAUUAGAAGCUUUAGACGGCAAUAAAUUCCGAGUUCAAAUUGAUGAAAAAACUCCUCUAAAAGCCCGCUAUAGGGUAACCGAUGCUCUUCAGCCUUCACCUAAAAUCGGAUCGUUAAAUGUUGAAAGUAGCGAUGGAUCUGAAAUCGUCAUCACCUCAGAAACUAACAAAGCAGUUUUAACACUUGAUCCCUUCCGAAUUGAUUUCUAUCAAAAUGAUUUACUUUCAGUUUCUAUCAAUGCUAAGAGACUAAUGCGCUUUGAACACAUUCGUAAGAAGUCACAAGGCGAACCUAUGGAAGACCCUGGCGAAUGGGAAGAAGAGUUCUCCGGUUUCCCAGAUACAAAACCUUUCGGUCCUGAAGCUAUUGCACUGGACUUUUCAUUCCCUCAGGCAGAAGUUCUCUUUGGAAUUCCUGAACAUGCUGAUAGUUUUAUUUUAAAAUCAACCGAAGGUGAUGAUCCCUAUCGAUUGUACAACUUGGAUACUGGAAAUUAUGUAACAGAAAGCAAAAUGGCAUUGUAUGGAGCUGUUCCGGUGAUUUAUGGUCAUGGACCAGAAAGAUCAGCUGGAGUUUUUUGGCAAAAUGCUGCUGAAACAUGGGUCGAUAUUUGGGCUUCUAAAAAUGAUGUUUCAUCAGUUCUUGAUCUUCUAAAAGGAAUUCGUCAGUUAGAUUCUCCAUCAGCUCGUUUUAUGUCAGAAAGUGGUAUUGUCGAUGCCUUCAUUUUACUUGGGCCAACUCCAUUGGAUGCAUUCAGGCAAUACACCGAACUCACAGGAACAGCCAAUCUCCCACAACUCUUUACUCUUGGUCAUCACCAGUGUCGCUAUAGUUAUGACAAUUCAACUGAUGUUGUCGAUGUAGCUGCUAACUUUGAUAAUUACGAUAUUCCUAUGGAUACCAUGUGGCUUGAUAUCGAUUAUACUGAUGAAAAGAAGUACUUUACCUGGAAUCCAGAGAAUUUUACAAAUCCCUUGGAUAUGAUAAAGAAUUUGACAGAUUCCCAUCGUCAUUUGACAAUUAUCAUUGAUCCUCAUUACAAACGAGAUGAUAGUUACUUCUUCCAUAAAGAAUGUGAAAAGAGAGGUUAUUAUACCAAGAAUGUCCUUGGCAAGGAUUAUGAAGGUUCAUGUUGGCCAGGUCCAUCAAGUUAUCCGGACUUUUUCAAUCCUACAGUUCGUCAAUACUAUGCUGACCAAUAUGUUCUAGACCGAUUCAACACAACAACCGAAGAUGUAAUGAUUUGGAAUGAUAUGAAUGAACCAUCGGUUUUCAUUGGUCCUGAAAAAACUAUGCCCAAGGACAAUAUCCACUAUGGCGGAUGGGAACAUCGUGAUGUUCAUAAUUUAUAUGGACACAUGCACAUUAUGGGAACAUUCAAAGGUUUAUUGCAACGUGAUCCCAAUCAGAGACCUUUUAUUCUAACUCGUUCACAUUUUGCUGGCUCCCAAAGGUAUGCAAUUGUUUGGAUGGGAGAUAAUGAGGCAGCCUGGGAUCAUUUGGAAGCUUCAAUUAAAAUGUGUUUAUCGGAAGCUGUUGCAGGAUUUUCAUUUUGUGGAUCUGAUGUUGGUGGUUUCUUUGGUAAUCCAGAACCUGAGUUGGUUGAACGUUGGUAUCAAACGGGAGCUUAUACUCCAUUCUUUAGAGCUCAUGCUAAUAAAGAUACCGAACGGAGAGAACCAUGGUUACUUCCUGAGAAGUCUCGUCUGGUUAUCAGAGAUGCUAUUCGUAAACGAUAUAGCUAGGGGAGAGUGGGCCCCACUCUCCCCUAUUUGCCAAUGUGGUAUACAAUGUUCUAUGAGCAUGAAAAAUAUGGUUUGCCGGUUAUGAGACCGCUCUUAGCUCAUUAUCCCAAAGAUAAGGAAGCAUAUAGAAUUGAUUCACAAUUUUUACUUCACGAUCAGCUUCUUGUGUGCCCUGUAUUGGCGGCAGGUGUUAAAGAAAUCGAUGUUUAUUUCCCAUCUAAAGAUGGUCAGAAAGUUGGCGAUGUUUGGUUUGAUACUGAUAACUACCAGAAAUACGAUAAAGUUGGUCAUGAAACUAUUCAAGUUGAUUAUAAAAAGACUCCAGUUUAUCAAAGAGGAGGUACAAUUAUUCCAAAGAAGGAAAACAUUCGCCGAACUGCUACUUUGAUGAAGGAUGAUCCGUACACAUUGAUUGUUUGUUUGGAUGAGAAUGGAUCUUCAAAGGGAACCUUGUACAUUGAUGAUGAGAAAUCAUAUGAUUAUCGCCAGGGAAAAUACAUCUAUGAACAAUUUGAAUUCAGUGGAAAUAGUUUGAAGAAUUCUUUCAUAACCACACCUGAUUAUAAGACGGUUUCGACUUUGGAACGAGUUAUCAUUGCUGGUUUGGAGAAGACACCAAAAUCUGCAACAAUUAAUUAUGAUGGUAAAACAGAAGAAUUGAAAGUUGUGGCACAUGAGCAAGCUAUUGCAAUUGAGAAACCAGGAAUUAAUAUUGCAAAGGAAUUUGUGAUUCAACUAAAUUAUUGAAAAAAAAAAAG